AUGUCUGGCAUGUGUUUGGGUCUUGAUUAUUUCGUCAGGAGGCUGUUGGCGAUGGCUGUUGUGGUUUGGUUAACCAGUUUGGCGUGUUCGACUUAG